CAAUUCCUCCUGACUAACGCACGCAUCUGCAUCCCUGCAAGUUUGGUUUCCCAGCCCACCAAUUUGUGCAUCGCAUCGCAUCGUAGCUGCUCGUCUUGUUUUUGCUGCGAUGGCGCUCCGCGAGUUCAAAGCGCCGGUCAAUUACGAGACGCAGCAGUCUGCGUUCGAAUCCUUCCUCAAGGACUUCAAGACCUCGCCCGAGCACACCCUCACCACCGCCCUCGGCAACAUCACAAUCGACGAAGAUGACCUCAGCGACGAGGACGAUCUCAUGGACGAGGACGACCAGACUCGCCAGCGCCGCCAGCAGGAGCGCGCCAAGAGGAAAACGCCCCAGCACAAGUACAGCGACAUGCUGCAGCUGCUGGCAGACCGUAAGAUUGACGAGUUCGCCGUCGAUCUGGACGACCUGGCUACUUGGGAGUCGCAAACAGACGAGUCAAUGCAGCUCGUGGAUUCCAUUGAGAUGAACACAAAGCACUACGUCGAGAUCAUGUCCAGGGCUAUAGACAACGUCAUGCCUCAGCCCAGCGAAGAGGUCAACUUCAAAGACGACGUUCUAGACGUGCUGAUGGCCCGGCGGCAGGCCAGGAAUCGAGAGCUCGACGUACUGGCAGACAGAGAUCCCACCAUCCUCGAGGACAAGUUCCCGGCUGAGCUGACCCGUCGAUACACGCUCGUCUUCAAGCCUCGGACAGCGAUCGAGGACGGUGCCUCAAAAGCCCUGGCCGUGCGACAUGUUCGCGGCGAGCACCUUGGCCACCUCAUCACCGUCCGAGCCAUUGCCACGCGUGUUUCCGACGUCAAGCCCAUUGUGCAGGUCAGCGCAUACACUUGCGACCGCUGCGGCUGCGAAAUCUUCCAGCCCAUCGCCGACAAGCAGUACGGCCCCCUGACCAUGUGCCCCUCGUCCGAUUGCAAGAAGAACCAGGCCAAGGGCCAGCUGCAUCCCUCAUCCAGAGCGUCCAAGUUCUUGCCCUUCCAGGAGGUCAAGGUGCAGGAGCUGGCUGAGCAAGUCCCCAUUGGACAGAUCCCUCGAUCUCUCACGGUCCACUGCUUUGGCAGCCUUGUUCGAAAAGUCAACCCCGGUGACGUGGUAGACAUCUCGGGCAUCUUCUUGCCCACGCCCUACACCGGCUUCAAGGCCAUCAGGGCCGGUCUGCUGACUGACACAUACCUCGAGGCUCACCAUAUCCACCAACACAAGAAGGCUUACAGCGAAAUGAUUGUCGACCCUCAGCUCGUCCGAAGAAUCGACAGAUACCGACAGUCUGGCCAAGUCUACGAGCUGCUCGCCAAGUCCAUUGCCCCUGAAAUCUUUGGCCACCUCGAUGUCAAGAAGGCUCUUCUGCUGCUCCUCAUUGGCGGUGUCACCAAAGAGAUGGGCGACGGUAUGAAGAUUCGUGGCGACAUCAACAUCUGCCUGAUGGGUGAUCCCGGUGUUGCCAAGUCCCAGAUGCUCAAGUACAUCUCCAAAGUGGCCCCUCGUGGUGUCUAUACUUCGGGCCGUGGAAGCAGUGGCGUCGGUCUCACUGCCGCCGUCAUGCGAGACCCGGUCACGGACGAGAUGGUUCUGGAGGGCGGUGCGCUUGUGCUUGCUGACAAUGGCAUUUGCUGCAUCGACGAGUUCGACAAGAUGGACGAAAACGACCGCACAGCCAUCCACGAAGUCAUGGAACAGCAGACCAUUUCCAUCUCCAAGGCCGGCAUCUCAACGAGUCUCAACGCCCGGACUUCGAUCCUGGCAGCCGCUAACCCUGUCUAUGGCCGAUACAACCCUCGCAUUUCGCCCGUUGAAAACAUCAACCUCCCCGCCGCUCUCCUGUCUCGUUUCGAUAUCCUUUUCCUGCUCCUCGAUACCCCCACCCGAGACACAGACGAACAGCUCGCCAAGCACGUUACCUACGUCCACAUGAACAACCGACACCCCGAUCUGGGCACCGACAAUGUCGUCUUCUCUCCCCAUGAGGUGCGAUCCUACGUCGCCCAGGCUCGAACAUAUCGACCAGUCGUCCCCGAGUCCGUCUCCGAGUACAUGAUCAAGACGUACGUCCGUCUGCGAGACCAGCAGCAGCGAGCGGAGAAGAAGGGCAAGCAGUUUACACACACCACGCCGCGUACCCUGCUGGGCGUGGUCCGUCUGGCCCAGGCCCUCGCCCGUCUCCGGUUCAGCAACCAGGUCACCCAGGACGAUGUGGACGAGGCCCUGCGGCUCGUCGAAGCCAGCAAAGAGAGUUUGAACACGGACGCCGGCGGCCCUCGGCGCGGCCUCAACGCCAGCAGCAGGAUCUACAACCUCGUCAAGGCCUUGGCCGACUCGGGCGCUUGCCGUCCGGACGAUGCGGACGAGGACGAUGAGCUGGGCGUUGAGCUGAGCAUGAGGAAGGUCAAGGAGCGGGUGAUUGCCAAGGGCUUCACAGAGGACCAGUGGCUCAACGCCCUGGAAGAGUACACCACUUUGGAUGUAUGGCAAACUGCUGGCGGCGGCUCGAGGCUCGUCUUUGUCACCGCGGACGACGACAGAGAAGACAGCAUGGAAGAGUAA